AUGGCCGCCCCGCCGCAGCCGCACCCACCGGCAGCGGAGGAGGGGGCCGCGCUGGCGGCUCCUCUGCCCGCCGCCGCGCCGGGUCCGCGGCCGUACGACGUGGCGGUCGCGGCGGCGGAGCUCCGGCCGGUGGACUGCAACCUCGCCGCGCUCUGUGACCACGUCCAGGCGGAGGGGUUCGGCUCCGGGGCCUUCUCCGACCUCGUCGUGGAGGCCAUGGGCGCCACCUACCGCCUCCAUCGCCUCAUCCUCUCCCGCAGCGCCUACUUCAGGAAUAUGCUACAUGGUCCUUGGAGAGAGGCAGGAGCACCCACAGUGGUUUUGAACAUAGAUGAUGCCAAUGUUGAUUCAGAGGCAAUUGCAAUUGCGCUCGCAUAUCUUUAUGGGCAAACCCCCAAGCUUAAUGAUAACAAUGCAUUCCGAGUGCUUGCAGCUGCAUCAUUUCUGGAUCUUCAGGACUUGUGCACAAUAUGUACAGAUUUUAUUAUUUCUGAGCUUUGGACAUCAAACUUUUUACAAUAUCAGUUGUUUGCUGAGAGUCAAGAUUAUGGUAGCCACGGAGAGCGUGUCAGGAAUGCUUGCUGGGGUUAUCUUUGUCAAAGUGCCACACUGGAAUUACGAGAGGUGCUACCAAAGCUUUCUUCACAAACUUUGCAUGCUCUCCUUACAUCUGACGAACUGUGGGUACCUAACGAGGAGAAAAGGUUUGAACUAGCAUUGUUUACUCUACUUGCAAAGGUUGCUAUGUGUAAGAUACAAGUUAGUGGGAAUGAAACAAACUUACCAAGUGCUGAUCGAUCCAUGAGGAAGGGGAAGACUCCGAUGAAUGAAUCUGGGGAGGAACUGCUAAUGGACUCUGAAUUGCAGAACUUGAAGUUGCAUGAUAACUUGGGCAAUGAACUUCCCCAUAACGUUAUUGCUAUUUCUGAUAUGAAUGGUGAAGCUCCCAAGAGAAUGGAGAAUGAUUGUUCUACUGGAGGACCAUCAGGAGAAAGCACUUCAUAUCAAUUUAAUGAAAAUAACUGGCUUUCUAGUGAGCAAACUGCAAAUCAUUAUUUCUCAAGAACUUCCAGUAGUGGUGUUGUUCCUACUGAGUGGGGAAGGCCCAAUGCACCACUUUGGGGUGGUAGGGUCAUUGGACGGCAGCAAGUUAGAUGCAUUAGAGGAAGCUCUUGUCUAUCUACUGAUGAAUAUAACGCUUUUAUGAAUAUAUUUGAGAGGGGUUCUCUUCUCUACUGCAAUAUGUCCUUUGAUGCACUUCUAAGUGUUCGAAAGCAACUCGAAGAAUUUGGAUUCCCUUGCAAAGCUGUCAAUGAUGGUCUAUGGCUACAGAUGCUUCUGUGUCACAGGGUGCAAGCAAUAAUUGCUGAUACUUGCAGGAACUGUUGCCUUACGAAUAAUUCUUGUGCUUGCAAACAAGCAUAUGUGAGCUCGCAUACACACUACAGGCAGGAGCAUGACCGGAGCAGUGCUUCCGGCAGCAUAGGUAAUGUCUACCUUGCGGAUGCCCAGGGCGAUGGGAAUGGUGUACUUGGGCCUGUCCGUGUUAACGUAAGAGGAGCAGUCGAUGGACUUGCUGGUAUUGGGAGAGGGAACUCAAAUGUGCCUGGUGCAGCUUGGGCUCCUACACGUUAUGUCUUCUCCCGUGUCCCUUAUGGGCUUGGUUCAAGAAAUGGCCAACAAUUUGCCAAUGAUGAAUCAGAACCUAGAAUUGACCGCAAUGGAGAUAUUUCAGCAGAUGGUCUGACUGCAUUGGUUAACCUUAGCCAAGAAAACAAUGCUGCUCAUCUGCAGGCUGAAAGUCUAUUUGAGACAGGGAUGCAGACAAGAUAUCACAGUGUUGCAUCUGUUUCCACUCCAGGUGGUUCUUCUGUCCAGAUGCAGGAGUCAAAGGAGCAUGAACUUGGAUCAGAUUGGGAAACUGCAGAGGACGCAACUAUAUCAUUAGACAUGAAAACACCUCUUAGCCAUUUUCCUCCUUUCCGCUUUGGGGUUGAGUUCAAGGAUGUGCACAGGCUUGCUGAUGGUCAGGUGAAACAUUCGACUGAAGUGUUUUAUGCAGGCUCUCUAUGGAAGGUGAGUGUCCAGGCAUUCAAUGAUGAGGAUCCUCAUGGACGACGCACCCUUGGACUUUUUCUCCACCGACGCAAGGCUGAGUUGUUAGAUCCCUUGAGGAAGGCUCACUUGUACAUCGACCCCCGGGAAAAGGUCACUGCUCGGUAUCAGCUCAUCUGUCCAUCAAAGAGAGAGGUCAUGAUAUUUGGAAGCCUGAAGCAGGCUGGGACACUGCUACCAAAAGCCCCGAAGGGCUGGGGUUGGCGCACUGCUAUACUGUUUGAUGAGCUUGCAGAUCUUCUCCAGGGUGGUGCCCUGCGAAUUGCUGCAGUGGUCCAGCUCGUCUAG